UUAAAUGGAAAGUAUGAGUCCCACCCAUUCCAGUUUAAGUACAGUCUAAGCUGCUCCUGCUGGUCUAACACAAACGUCCUCCAGGAAGAGACUGCAGGCGAACUAAACCAUGAGCUACCCUGGAUACCCCCCUCAGGCAGGUGGAUACCCACCACAGCCUGGGGCUUACCCUCCACAAGCCGGAGGCUACCCACCUCAGCCUGGAGUUUACCCCCCCCAAGCUGGAGGUUACCCUCCACAGCCAAGCGGCUAUCCUCCUCAACCUGGUGGCUAUCCCCCACAAGCUGGUGGCUACCCUCCACAGGCGGGGGGCUAUCCACCACAGGCUGGUGGCUACCCACCGGCACCACCACAAGGCAGCUGGGGAGGUGGCCCUGUUGGUGGAUAUCCCUCCAUUGGUCUUGACAACUUAUCCAACCCUGGAUACAAUGCUGGCAUGGUAAGUUUAGUCUAAAAAAUGACCUUCAGA